AUGGCCGACAUGGAGGAGCAGCUGUCUGAUGAAGAGAAGGUUCGUGUAGCAGCAAAGUUUAUCAUCCAUGCUCCACCAGGAGAGUUUAAUGAAGUGUUUAAUGAUGUACGGUUGCUUCUUAACAAUGAUAACUUACUCAGGGAAGGUGCUGCUCAUGCAUUUGCUCAGUACAACUUGGAUCAGUUCACUCCAGUAAAAAUUGAUGGCUAUGAUGAACAGGUAUUAAUAACAGAACAUGGUGACCUUGGCAAUGGGAGGUUUUUGGACCCAAAAAGUAAGAUUUCUUUUAAGUUUGAUCACCUAAGAAAAGAGGCAAGUGAUCCUAGGCCUUCCGAUGGAGAAAAUGCAAUUGAAUCAUGGAGGAACACAGUGGACACUGCUGUAAGAUCCUAUGUGAAAGAACAUUAUCCAAAUGGAGUUUGCACUGUGUAUGGUAAAACCAUUGAUGGACAACAAACCAUUAUUGCAUGUAUAGAGAGCCAUCAGUUUCAAGCUAAAAACUUCUGGAAUGGACGUUGGAGGUCAGAAUGGAAAUUUACAAUAACGCCAUCGACUACAAAAGUGUUCGGCAUUUUAAAAAUUCAGGUUCAUUAUUAUGAAGAUGGUAAUGUCCAGCUUGUGAGCCAUAAAGACAUAGAAGAGUCAUUAACUGUUUCUAAUGAGGUCCAGACUGCUAAGGAGUUCAUUAAAAUUGUAGAGGAUGCUGAAAAUGAGUACCAGACUGCAAUCAGUGAAAAUUACCAGACUAUGUCUGACACUACUUUUAAAGCCUUACGUCGGCAGCUGCCAGUGACACGCACCAAGAUCGACUGGAACAAGAUUCUUAGUUACAAAAUUGGAAAAGAAAUGCAAAAUGCCUAGGAUAAACAUUGCAUGGCUGAAACAUUUUUAGUGUUUUUGCAUCAAAAUUAUUGCAAAAAAGUAUUUGGAUCUGCCAAAUUGCAGCAUGGCCUUUUGCUUAAAAAAAGGAAAU